CCGCUCGCAGGCCGGCCCGCACCCGGACAGGGCCCGGCCGAGCGCACCGACCCGGCGCCGCCCGCCCAGCGCCUAGCGGAUCGGAGCCGCGCACAUCGGCCGCCCUGCCCCGCCCCACCCGCCCGGGUGGCCCGAGGCAGCCGGGAUGACAGCUCUCCCCAGGAGCCCUGCUACCUGCUGAGAAACAUGAUCAGCAAGUCCCCUCCUCUGUGCAUGUAUCCUGCAGGCUGGAAGCUCCUGGCCAUGCUGGCGCUGGUGCUGGUUGUCAUGGUGUGGUACUCCAUCUCUCGAGAAGACAGUUUGUAUUUUUCCAUCCCUGAGAAGAAGGAGCCGUGCUACCAGGGGGAAGCCGAGAGGAAGGCCUCCAAGCUCUUUGGCAACUCCUCCCGUGAUCAGCCCAUCUUCCUGCAGCUGAAGGAUUAUUUCUGGGUGAAGACGCCCUCAGCCUAUGAGUUGCCCUUUGGGACCAAGGGGAGUGAGGACCUUCUCCUCCGAGUGUUGGCCCUCACCAGCUACUCCAUCCCUGAGAGCAUCCAGAGCCUCAAGUGCCGCCGCUGUGUGGUGGUGGGGAAUGGACACCGGCUGCGAAACAGUUCGCUGGGAGAGGCCAUCAACAAGUACGACGUGGUUAUCAGACUGAACAAUGCUCCGGUGUCCGGCUAUGAGGGCGACGUAGGCACCAAGACCACCAUGCGGCUCUUCUACCCCGAGUCGGCCCAUUUCAACCCCAAAGUGGAAAACAACCCAGACACGCUUCUCGUCUUGGUCGCUUUCAAGGCCAUGGACUUCCACUGGAUCGAGACCAUCCUGAGCGACAAGAAGCGGGUGCGAAAGGGCUUCUGGAAACAACCACCUCUCAUCUGGGACGCCAACCCCAAACAGAUUCGGAUUCUCAACCCCUUCUUCAUGGAGAUUGCAGCUGACAAACUGCUAAGCCUGCCCAUGCAGCAGUCACGCAAGGUUAAGCAGAAGCCCACCACAGGCCUACUGGCCAUCACUCUGGCCCUCCACCUCUGUGACUUGGUACACAUUGCUGGAUUUGGCUACCCGGAUGCCUUCAAUAAGAAGCAGACCAUUCACUACUAUGAGCAGAUCACGCUCAAGUCCAUGGCGGGCUCAGGCCACAAUGUCUCCCAGGAGGCCCUGGCCAUCAAGCGGAUGCUGGAGAUAGGAGCCGUGAAGAACCUCACGUACUUCUGAUAUGGGCAGGAGCUGUGCUAGCGGUCUGCCCACUGUGGCCGUGUGUUGCCUGAUGCCAGCCUGACCCGCUUGGACCCCCCUCCCUGUCCCCACUGUGGGGAGGGUGUACCAGGACUGGCCAGAUCUACAAGGAGAGCAGACCUAGUCAGGGAGGAGGCUCUGGGGCCGAGAGAGACUGUGGCCACAGCACUGGGCUUGUGGCCAAGGAGCUGCUUUCUGCCAGUGUGGGAGACUAUUUAACAGGCUAUUUAAUUCAGGGGCGGGCAAGUGCCCGGGCUGGUCCCGGGACAUCUAGGAAGGGGCAUACGACGGUUUUCUGCCCACUUUUUAUAAAAAAAAAAAAAAACAAAAAAAACAGGCGUACUGAGCCCAUGGGGGCCCAUACCCAGCGGGCUUCCCUGGAGGGUGGGGGUACCUGGACUGGCGGGUGCCCCCAGAGGGGCUGCUCCUUCCCAGCGGGCAUGGGGAGAGCACUGGUUGCAGGUUCCACGUGGAGGAGGAGGAGCUCAUCUAGAAGAGAUGGCAAACAUAACAUUAAACUAUUUUUUCCUAAAA